CGAGAUGACCACUGAACCAAACAUUCUUAAUCGAAUAUUCGAAUUGAAAGUAGAAUUAUUCGAUUUGUCUGUCCACUGAGCAGCAUUUCGAUUGCCAUCCAGCCAGUCGAUCACAAACCAACAACACAGCUGCGCAACACCCACCUCUGACUCAAGCCAAUUAUUUAUACCGUACGAUACCGGUAGAGGGGAGCCUUCUUCAUUGCAUCUACACCAAAAAGUCAACAGGAGCAAAUAAUCAGAGCUGUAAGCAAUAAACUCCUGUUUUUGAAUCAUCGAUCCCAUCUUCAAAAGGAAGGCCAUCACAGGAUACCGUUCCAGCAUCAUUCAUCUACCGAGAAAAUGACGAGUGCUUUGACCAAAAUGGCCAAUGUGGCACAGAAGACAGCAGUGGUUGGAUUGCUCGGGAUGUUUGGAUACCAUACGUACCAAAUUUCAAGAAAUGUGGUGGCGGGGCUUACUAAGCAUGACACCAUGGACUCAACCUAUUUUGAGGAUGUCCAAAAGAAGGUCGAUGAAGAAUACCAGACCAAGUAUGGAAGAACAGACAAGAGAGAUUGGUAUGAUAAAGAGGAUCAAUCAUAUCUAAAAGAUGUUCCACGUGGUGUCAAACCCAAGGCGGGAAAGGAGUAAUAACAACAACAAGCAAGCAAACCAACAACUGAGAAAUCUUGAUUUUUGAAUCAAUCUGAUUUACUGCUUUUUUCGUUUGAGGAGGAAGCCCUUUGGCUCAGCCAAGAGCCCUUUGAUUUCUGGCAUGGCAUGGGGUUUUAUCAAUCUAAGAUAACACUGCAGUUCGAAUACCGAUUCAGAUUGAUUCAUCAUUCGCUAAAAGAUGGUUUUAGUUAAAUCAGUUUUCAGUUAGGAUCAAUAGUUUUGCAUUUGGCUAG